GUUCUUUACAGAUUGAGAAGGUCACGUUCAUAUAGAUUAUCAAGUAGGCUACUCAAGCCCAUUAAUUCAUCCGUAUUAUAGUGGCUAGAGUCUUGAAUGGUGCAUAGGGCAAUUAAACAUCCACUAGGCUGGCUUCCGACGGCGUGAUUCCCCGUUACCUCACGAUGUGUGAAGUUUUCGAUGUGAUGACCGGGUGAAACUGUCCGUGUCUACGUUUGGUCCGUGGCCCGGUGACAGGAAGACGAGAUGCCCAAGAGAAAGUUUGACGCACUGGGCGGAUCCUCGCCAACCCCGCCCACCUCGGAGAGUGACGAGUGCAGCAACGAGAGCGGCGCCACCAACAGCAGCAUCGACGUGCCAACGUCUGAGAUGGCGCAGUCUGAAGGAAUGAACCAGCCAAACAAAAAAUCUAAAUCUAAGAAAAGUGUCAAGUUUGCUGGUGUCAACGUGUACUACUUCCCGCGAACGCAGGGAUUUAUUUGUGUCCCGAGUGAAGGUGGUUCAACACUUGGAAUGGCCGACAAACACUUGACUGCCGAGGAGUUCUCGAUGAAAUCAUACGCCAAGGAGCAGAAACGGAUUCACCGCUCGAUCCUCGCCGAACAGCGUCGCCAGGGAAAGAUGUAUCCGAGCCCACUCCUCAACACGACCGACCCCAACAGUCCCGACGUUUCCUCGGACAGCGAAUCGGAGGGCGAAUACGACGAGUACUACUUCCUCCAGCCCGUGCCCAUCCGGCAGAGACGCAUGAUGCUCCGGUCGUCCGGCGUUCGAAAGAUCGAGAACGUCGAGAAAGACCAGUGCCGGGACAUCCGGGUUUCGCGGGAGGUGUGCGGGUGCGAUUGUAAGGUUUUCUGCGACCCGGACACGUGCACGUGCAGUUUGGGUGGGAUUCAGUGUCAGGUGGAUCGGCUGUCGUUUCCCUGUGGGUGUAGCAAAGACGGGUGCGGGAAUACGUCGGGUCGGAUCGAGUUCAAUCCGAUCAGAGUUCGGACUCAUUUUAUCCACACUCUGAUGAGGUUGGAAUUGGAGAAGAAAGAUAGUCCCGUGAAGUCGAAUAAUUACGGUCAGGAACAAAAUGGCAAUUCGGGGAACGUGUGUAAUAGUAAUAAUAAUGAUGGUGGUGGUGUUAUCGACGAUGAUGAUGGUGGUGUUGAUAAUGGGAAUGUGGAUCUGUCGAUGUUUAACAGCAAUGAGAAAGGCAGUUGUCGCGACUGUCAGAACACUGAAGUGUGUAACAUUAUGAUGCAGGAGGUGCAGUUUGCAACGAUGGAAGCUCAGCAGCAGCAACAACAACAACAUCAGCAGCAGCAGCAACAACAUCAUCAUCAACAGGUGUUAAACGGUGCACCGUUCACUGUUACUAGCACUCAUAUCCCCGGAGCCCCUCCACUCCCGCGCGUGAUGUUGUUCAAUGACAGCGAGGAGGAAGUGUAUUCAACGGAACCCACAAACUCUGUGUUCACGUUCAAAGACGAGACGUCGUACUCGGAAUCCAGCGACUGUUCCAGCGACAACAGCAAUUCUCUGGAGAGCUCAGACUUCCCCAAGUCAUACCAGAAUCUCACGACGAUGGCGUCGGUCGAUGGUGUCAUCGGCGGUAACCAUAGCUACUGCGCGUCGUCAUCAUCAUCCAUCGUGGCGAAAGACGGUUCACUGUUAUCAUGUUCGCAUCUCAGCUCGGGCUACACAAAUCUGACUUCUUCCAGCUGUCAAAACAACAACCACCACCACAACAGUAACAACCACAACCACCACCAUAACAACCAGAAGCUGCAACCGAUCUCGGGGAUGCUGAACCCGAUUCACAAACCCCCGUCGUACACAAACAAUAACAUCGCGUCCUCGGCGCAGCCGGCGGCCAACCGGGCAGACUGCUCCACCUACGUCACCAUGACGACGACAACGCGGGACCAGCUUGCCAAGAAGUGUCCGCUGAUCUCGUCGCACAUGGACCGGCAGCACUACGGCGCCAUUGUCGUAGCCGACGCGCUCAACCACGAGGCCAUCGCUAGCUCGUACGACGACUUUCAGAUAGAGUCUGAUGCAUCUGCGUCAUCUGCGUCAUCGUCGCAAUUCAUUUCUCAGUCACAAAAUCUCGUCGACGCGUUCUCGGAAUUCGGUCACGUUGAUGGAACGGAUUCGUCGGCAUCAUCAGAUAUGUCGUCGACAUCAUCAUCAACAUCAUCAUCAUCAUCGGCGGUGGCUGUGAGUGGUUUGUUCAAAUCAAGCACGAUCACAGAGACGAAACUGGACUUGUUAAUGGAGAAUGGUGUCUAUGGAUCGCAGUCACAGACUGAAAAGACGAGCAGUUCGAACUUUGUCGAUAUUGUUGUCGAUUCAGUCACUGAGGCUGUGGCCGUAUGAUACUCAUACGUGGUAUUGUUUUCGUACGUGUGUGUCGUCGUAAUGUGCAAUGUGUAUCCACCAGAAAACUUUUUUUAUUAUUAGUAUUUUUUUAAAUUAUAAAAUCAUUUACAUAGACAAGGCAGGGUUGGAAAUUUGUAUUUUAAUGGUAGCCGGACAGGCUGUUUAAAAAAAGGAACAUUGUUUUUCAAAAAUCUUGAUUAGCGAUAUUUUCUGGUCAAAUGAAAUUUGAUUAGCAGUUCCUGUUUAAUGUUUUAAAAUUGUGUGUGUAGCAAUCUCUGAAACUUGCAUAGCGAAUCGCAGCGCGAUACUGAACAAAAUGUUUGUACGUGUAUAAAAUAUCAGGAUGCAUUUUCUUUUCCAAAUUUUGACUAUCAACAUUGUUACAAGUUGCUAAUGAAUGAAAGAGUUUAUUGGCCAUUACUAAUGAUCAUUGAAAUUAAUUAGUAAAUCACAUUAGGUUACUGAACUACGUGUUGACUAAUAUACAUGUAUAGUCAAACCUGCUCAAGUGGCCACCUGUCUUCAAAGGACACAAUUGGUCUUUUAAAUCUAAUAUUGCAAAUUAUUGUAAAAAUUAACCAUGGUGCUCUUAAAUCAUCUUAAUAUAGUACACACUGACCUAUAUUAAGCAGCCACUUGAUAAAGAGGUCAUCUUUUGGGCUUAGUUGUUUUUCCCCCAUCCCUAUCAGUGCCCCCCUACGACUGGCACAUUAAAGGCACAUAUUUGUAUGUACUGUCUUGUUUAUGGGAAAGUGCAUAUAAAGGUUGUCUUGCUGCAUUAGUAGUAGGUAUAACCAUUGUGGUGGAAAUGGGUUUCAUCUUUGUCUUUCUCUUGACAAAAUGUCAACAAACAUGUUAGAUACAAUAAAAUGAUAGUCAUAGAGAUGUUCUUUCUUACAAUACCCGAUUUAAGAUGAAUAUGCUGUUUGGUGAUCUUUUUACAUCUUAACAAAGGCCUCAUUUUGAUGCCUAGUAAUGUUCAUAACUAUAUUUAUGUUACGACAAGAACAUUAACAUUCAGAACAGAGAUAGAUUGAACAAAGAUCAAAGAACUUGGCGUUUGUGCACAACUACUGAUUUUUACUUAAUGUGGAUUAAUUACAAACUAAUUUUUAUUUGAUUACAACAGGGUUUCAUAAAUUAUUCAUUUUUAAUCAUGUUUAGUGUGUUAUAAAAUUAUCCCCUGCACCCAUUUUUUUAAAACUUGCAAUAUGACCUCCCUCAAACAGGAGUUGCGUCUUCUAUGGUGGAUAUACAGUUUCUUAUAUUUACUUGUGUGCUAAAUUAUUUUUUGUCUGUCAUUUCUCUGUGAUGUUUUGUGUUGUGUACAUGUAUCUAUUUUACUGGUUACGUCAUUAUGUUUUUCCAUUAACAAUGAGGUCACCAGGAAUAUCCAUGUUAACUGCUUACAAAUGGCCAUGUAUUCAUGUUAGGUGUCUUUGUUAUUGAUGUACAAGUCAUUACACUUUUUAUUCAUUGAUUUUUAAGAAAAACUUUAAAUUGUCACAAACAUGUAA